AUGCAGCCGUCUCCAAGCGCCACCCGGCCACAGGCGUGCGCCUCUCAGGCGCCUCCUGUCUGCGGGGAGUUGGUCAGACGCCUGCGGUCUUCGCUGCAUGCCAAUGAGAAACAAGCAGCUGAGGCGCAGGAGCUGCGCGACGUCGAGGCGGCGCAUGCAGGAGGAGAGCAGCAGGCCGCGGAGGCUCGCAAGGCACAGCGGAAGGGUGGAGCCUGGAGGAUUUCUUUCUUUGCUGAGCCCGGAGAGGGAGAGAAAAAGGCAGAAGCAGGAAGAAGAAGGGAAGCAGAGACUCGUCGCGGCGCCCCGCUCUCACCGCGGCCGGUCUGGGCGCUGCGACAGCCGCGGCGGCUUGCGCUUCUCAGCGGCCUCGCUCUUCUCUGUUGCCUUGCUGUUUUCCGCCGCCUCGUCUUCCUCUCUCCCGACGCAGGCGCAGGAGAGCUUGAAGGCGAGCCUCUCGCCGCCUCUCUAGAGACAUCUUCGCCACCGCCUGCGGCGGUUUCGCGCCGGCUGGCGGGUCUGAAUGGAGGCGGAAAGAGCUCGCAAUGCAAAGGAGGCACCUACUGGGAUACCCGCGAGGCCUCGUGCCUCCCCUGUCCCGCAGGCACUUUCUCGUUUUACGGCUCCGUCGGCGUUCAACGCUGCAUGGAUUGCCCUUUCGGCUCGUACAGCGCCGCCGGUGCUGCGGUGUGCACAGUGUGCGGAGCCAACAUGACGACGGCGAGCACCGGCUCGGUCUCGGCGGAGGCCUGCUUCUGCGAGUCAGGCUUCAAGCCGGAGACGUCCAAGACAGGCGACAUGGCGUGCGUCGCUUGCGAACCGCUUUUCGAGUUCUGCUACCGAACCUCGCCGACCGACACCGGCGGCUGGUGGGCGUGGGAGAUGGUGUGCUCGGACACGCCGCCGCAGGCGCAGGGCGGCGCUUCAGGAAACUCUGCCGCUCGACACCCGCGGCGUCUCACCUCGCGCUACGCUCUACACGCCCUUCCGCCGCACCGCCCUGCGGCGCCCUCGCCCUUCUCUCUCUUGCGCGCGGACACGCCAGACUCCUUGCCGCUCGCGCUCCCCCCUUCGUUUACUGUCCCUGCGGCGCUGCCUCCAUCGAACUCCUCCUUCGUGCCUCCCUUGCCCUUCGCUGCGUCAGGGGCGGCAGAUGCCUUGGGGCCUGAAUCUCCUUUCCCGGCGUUGGACUCAGCGCACGCCUCGACGCCGUGGCUGCGUCGCCUGGCGGCUGCCGCCGCGGACGGCGCCGCAGAGGAGGAUGAGCCCGCGGGAGCGAUGCUGCGAGGCUUCGCGCGCGGCUCGCAUGCGGCGCUGCUGACCACGCUGGAGGGGAGUCGCGCAGGCGUGGAGCACCCGUUCUGCGAGACGCUUCGCGCCAACAACACGGCGGGCUUCAGUUACCGCCUGAAAUGCCUGAAGGACGGCGUGUGUACGGGCGACGUCGCGAAGCCCUGCACAGAAGGCAACACAGGCGUUCUCUGCAACACGUGCGCCAACGGCUACACGCUCGCGCUGCUGCGACCUGACGCGAAGGGAUGUCGGGCGUGCUCCGCGGGCUUGAUUAUUUUUUUCCUUCUUCCAAUGCUGGGGCUCUGCGUGUUUGCGGGCUUCGUCGUCUGGCUCGCGCGCGGCAACGACGCCAACGCGUUCAACCGAAACGUGGUGAUUUGCAGGGCGCUCGUCUCGCACUUCCAGUUCCUCACUCUGCUCAAGUAUCGAGGUUCCUGGGGAACGAACGCGUUAGCGCAGGCUUGGGGUGGCUUGGUGCUUUACCUGCCAGUGGAGAACCUUAUUGAAUGCAUCGCGGCGCUGAACGGCUGGCUGGGCACGACGUUCACGCGCGUGCUCGUGGGCCUUUUUUGGCCUGUGGUCAACGUCUGCCUCGCGCUGGCUAUCGCCGCAGUUCUGCGGAAACUGCACCUGAAGAAGUUGAGGGAGGAGAUCGCGCAGGCCGUCCGCGACGACGCGUACCUCUCGCCGGCCUUCAACCUUGGAGCCGGACCGGCGGCGAUGCGGACUGCCGAAGACCGGUGGGCGCCGGUGCGGGCGCGCGCGGCGGAGAGGCAACGGCAGAAGGCGGGCGGGGUGGCGACAGGGCGAGAGGGCGCGCGGGGAGCGGGCACUACUGCGCUGCGCGGCGAGAAGCGGUUCGGGAAGUCGACGCACGCAGAGGCGCGCGAGCGCGCGAAGAAGGAGGGGCUGCCGCGAGCCGCAAUGGCUGCGCGGGAAGUGCAGGAGAAGCGCGCGCAGCAGCUCGCGGCCAAGCAGAAAGCCAAGAAGAAAAAGAAUGCCAAGCGCAGAGACGGCUUCCAGCGGGGCGGCGGACAGAUCCGCGCCCGCGAAGAAGAGGAGGAUGCCGAGAAGGCGAAGGACGGCCAGCAAGACGAAGAAGAGGAGUCGCUCUCGUCAGCCUCGUCGUCGUCGCCCUUCGCCUCCUCGAUGGCGGCCUCCGCCGCCAUCGCGCCGCAGAAGACCUUCACCUCGGCGGCGCGCCACGGCGCGGCGCCUCCCGCUCGUGUCGCCGCGCAGCAGGAGGACGACGAGGGCGUGCAGACGGAGACGGGCUCGGAAUACGCCUCGGCGCUCUCUCAGUCGCCGGAGAUGAGGCCUGCGCCGGGGUUCGCGGUGCCGCCCCUGGAGGAAGAAGAGGAGGAAGAGGAUCAGGAAGGCGAGGAGGAACCGGCGGCAGACGCCCCGAAAAUGCCCACGCCGCAGGCCCCGAAUCUGCGCGACGCGGACUUUUACGAGUUCUGGAAGUGGUUCGUGGCGGUCUUCUUCGUCCUCCACUACUGCUGCCUCGUUACGAUCGGCAAGUUGCUGUUUGCGGGCAUGUUUUGCAUCAUGGACGAUGCGAUUCCGAAGGUGUCCUACAGCUUCCUCGUCGCGGACUUCAGCGUCCCCUGCGGCGCGGCGGGCUCUUGGUGGAUUUGCGGCGCCGCCGGCCUGCUGCUGUGGGUCGUCAUUCUCCCUUGCGCCCACUUCUUCUGCCUCUACAAAAAACUCCGCGACGACAUCUGGCUAACUGACCAGUAUUCGCUGCUGUGCGCGUGGACGGUAUACGGCUACCGCUCGGGAUACCGCCUGAUGCAUGGAGUGAAGCUGAUGACAAUGGUAUCGAUCAUGGUGGUUACGUCUGUGCCCGUUAACCACGCCGUGCUUCCUCGGGCCUAUGACGCUCCCGGCGGCAUUAUCUUUCCCUUUUCUUCCUUCAAAAUCAUCACGUCGUCGCAGGUCAUCAUUGCCAUCAACAUCAUCAUCUUCUACCUCAUCAUCCUUUUUCUAUUCCGCCCAGCUGAGCCGACGAAGUUCGCCGUGACGCACCACAUCGGAACCUUCUCAUGCAUCGCUGUUCUCGCCUUCUUCAUCUCGAUGUACUACACCAACAUUGCGCCUGGUGCGCGGCUCACCUUUGCUGUGAACGUCACGGGUUUGGUUCUCCAGUUCGUCUUCUUCGCACUCGCGUUCGUUGCCCUCCUCGUUGAAAGCGGGACGGUGAAAAAAUUGCGCGGCAAGGCGCCCUUUAUCGACAGCGCGCUCGCGCAGGCGUCAAACAAAAUCAAAAAGGGAGGGCACUACCGCCCCCUGAAAAGCGAAGAAGAAGAGAGAGGCAUGCAGGAGCGAUGGGAAGCCAUGCGCAUGGCGCGCGCGGCCGCGGAGGCUGAGCGCGACCAGCAGGCGCGACACGCUCGCUUGGGUCUCGGCGACGCGGCGACUCAGGGUGCGGGCGCGCAUACUGUCGAGCGCGCGGCCGUGCUGCGCCUGACAUCCAAGGCAGAUCAAAUCGCGCUGCUGGAUGCGGUGACGGCCUGCAAGAGUAUACCGCGGGCCCUGGCUGCGUUCCAGCGCCUGACGUUCCUCCCCGACUUCCCGACGAUUCAGAAGAGCGACGCGCUCGCGGCCCUUGACAAAUUCGGCUUUGCUAUCGAAGAGCUGGAGACUGGUCUGAAGCUCUUUUUGAAGCACCGCACGGCGAUGACGCGUUUUUUCUCGCGGUUCACCGUCUCGAACCUUGAAGAGGCCUUCUACUGCGGCUGGGAGCUGGGCGUGCUGCGCUACCCCGAGCUCGACGACGUGAAGCUGCAGCUGGUCGCCACCAAGCAGGCCGCCGACCGGGCACUCGAGAAGGCGCGACGAGAGGACAUCCGGCAAAUGGGUCAGAAGAGCAUGGGCGUCUACCGCGAGGACGUGCACCUCUGGAAAGCCCUCAAAUUGGAGACUUGCCGCAUCACGCUGCAGUGUCUGCUGCUCGACUUGUCUGACUACCAUUUUCACAUACCGCGCGAACUUCCCCGCCGCCGCUUCCUCGCCACCGGAACCGAUCAGGACAUGCAGGAGCUCGCGGCGCGGCACGUCGCUGAACAGGAGCCGGCGGCUGCGACGGUCGACGCGGAAGAGCGGCUGGACGUCCGCGCGCUGCUGCGCCUCCGGAGCGGCGAAGAAGGGGGGAGCGACGGACACGGCGGGUUUUACCGCGCGGGCGUCAAGCUUCACGAGUUCGCGGAGGCGGAGCCGAAACCGCUGCGCCACAAGCGUCUGCUGGAGCACACUUACGCGCUCUUUCGCGACUUCACGCUUUUGUUCCCCAACGCACUGCCCUGUAUCGACGGCGAGACGGGCGCGCAAGUUCAAACGCUCAAGGCGGACGCCGCGAAGGAGACGCGCGAGGCCGCGUCCCCGGCGGAGCCCGUGGACCCGUACCGCACCACCAAGCUCUUCCAGCUCAACGUCCUUGGCCACGACAUUUCCGCAGACGACGGCCGCGACGUGCUUUUCAGAGGCCACUUCCGGUCGGUGGCAGGCCCAUCGGGGGCGCUCACGGGCUUGGAUGUGUCGGGCGACGCGCGCUCGGUGAUUGUUUUGGAUCCGCCGGUCACGCUGCACUCGCGGUGCUCCAUCGAGUGCUGGGUUUCCUUGCCGCUGCCGGCUCCGCCGGCGUCGCCGACCGACUCGGGCGUUUACCGAGCGCUUUGUGCGGACAGCGACGGCGACAUCGUAUGCGCGCUGCGGCAGGGGCUCAGCCGCCGGGCGCGCGCGUGGGCGAGGCACCCCGACGACAGCGAAUUCGACAACGCGAACGUCGCGGGGGAGAAGUCGCGCGACGCGCGCCUGAGUCGCGAGCUGCACUUUGGCCUCUAUCUCUUCCCCGAGCAUGAGAAUGGGGAAGACGAAGACGACGACAACGGAAGCGACGCCGCGGCAGACGCGGCGGAGGCGGCGGAGGCGGCGGAGGCGGCGACGGACGCUGAAGGCGCGCGAGGAGGCGAGAAGGAGAACGGCUUCUUCGAGGUGACGUACUCGAGUCAUUCUGAGAAAGGCAGCGCGAAGCUGCAGCGCGCGCUGGAGGCGCCGGGCUGGCAUCACCUUCUGAUUUCGCGGUGCGAGUCGGGCACAGGGUACUACUGGGACGGUGCGUGCGUGGGGUUUGUCUCUUCUCUGGCGCUGCCCUUCGCCGGCUUCCUCGACAUCGAGGCGAUUGGCAACACGCGCGAAGGCGGCCACGCCUUCGGCGCCUUCGCGGACUUCACUGUGUUCUCUGUCUACAUGGACGACGAGCAAGUCAAGCAGCGCUACACGUACCUCGUCAACGCCCACCGCGACGGCGCCGCGGCCCGCGCCGGUCCUCCCCCGCCCCCGCCGCCGACGGCAGGGCUCCAGCU